GCGGCGGACUCGGCCUGCAGCCUGGAUCCGGGCGGCGAGGAGGAGGACGGGGGGGGCCCGGCCGCCCGCUCCCCCCCGGCCAGCGAGCGCAGCCUGGAGUUCGACUCGGGGUACUCGGAGGCGUCGGGGGGCACGUGGCGGGAGGAGGAGGUGCCCGUUCGGCGCCGGCACCUGCUGCCCUGCCAGCGGGCACACCGGCUCUCCGCCGGCCCCGCCGCCCCGCCGCCCGUCCCCGCCCGCCGUGCCCGCCCCAAAUCCACCUCGGACGCCUGCCUGGAGCAGUGGCGGGCGCUGGAGCCCGCCGACACACAGGACUGGACCGUAGCGCUGCUGUCGCAGAGCCGGAACCGGCAGCCCCUGGUGCUGGGCGACAACUGCUUUGCUGACCUGGUGGAGAACUGGAUGGACCUGCCCGAGGUGGGCGCCGAGCCGCGGCGCCGAGCCCCCGCCGAGCCCUCCCGCCGGCUGGCCAAGCCCCCCGCCUUCCUGCUCAGCCUCUCGGGCAAUGUUCGCCGCAAGCUGGCCAACAUGGCCCGGCCCCGGGCGGCCGAGGGUGCCCGGCCAGGGGGCCGCGAUGCCACCAAGCGUUUCUCCUGCCCGCUGGGGCUGGGGGGGCAGCCCAAGGGUGCCUGCUUCCACCAGUCUCACAGCAACAUCGCCCAGCUGGCCACGGACUUCCACCGCUUCACCGCCCUGAUGAACAGCCGCAGCCGCCAGCCCAUCAUCUGCAACGACGUUAUCGGCUACAUUUAGCCCCGCUGCUGCCGCCCGCCCCCCCUCCCUGUAAAUAAACCCCGGUUUUGUACGGUGUGGGCACUGCAGCGUUUAUCAAGGGGGGUGCCUGUGCCCCGCU